CCGCGCCGCCCCUGCAUCUUUUUCCUUGCCCCUGACCUGCGCGGCUGCGCGCGCCAUUUGUAACCACCACCACCCAGCCCUCUCCUAUAUAUCCACGGCAACCUCCCGCACUUUUCACCUCGCCCUGCGCAAAGCCAGUCUCAGUGACACGCCGGCGGUCGCACCGAGGGGAGAGGACCGAGCUCAGCUCGCUAGCGAGGGCAGGCAAUGGCGAGAGCCGGCGGCCUCCUGCUGCGCGGCGCGGCGGUGCUCGCGGUGGCCGUCCUGACGCUGGGCAUCGCCGGGGCCGCGAGGGCGCAGCUGCGGCAGAACUACUACGCCAGCUCGUGCCCCAGCGCGGAGUCCACCGUGCGCUCCGUCAUCUCGCAGCGCCUCCAGCAGAGCUUCGCCGUCGGCCCCGGCACGCUCCGCCUCUUCUUCCACGACUGCUUCGUCCGGGGAUGCGACGCGUCGGUGAUGCUGAUGGCGCCGAACGGGGACGACGAGAGCCACAGCGGCGCGGACGCCACGCUGUCGCCGGACGCCGUGGACGCCAUCAACAAGGCCAAGGCGGCCGUGGAGGCGCUCCCCGGGUGCGCCGGCAAGGUCUCGUGCGCGGACAUCCUCGCCAUGGCCGCACGUGACGUCGUCUCCCUGCUCGGCGGGCCAAACUACGCCGUGGAGCUCGGGCGGCUGGACGGCAAGACGUUCAACAGGGCCAUCGUGAAGCACGUCCUCCCGGGGCCGGGCUUCAACCUGGACCAGCUCAACUCCUUGUUCGCGCAGAACGGCCUCACCCAGACGGACAUGAUCGCGCUCUCAGGCGCGCACACGAUCGGCGUGACGCACUGCGACAAGUUCGUCCGUCGGAUCUACACGUUCAAGCAGCACCUGCCGUGGAACCCGCCGAUGAACCUGGAGUACCUGCGGUCGCUGCGUCGGGUGUGCCCCAUCAACUACAGCCCGACGGCGAUCGCGAUGCUGGACGCGUCCACGCCCCGGGUCUUCGACAACGCCUACUUCAACAACCUCCGCUACAACAAGGGCCUGCUCGCCUCCGACCAGGUGCUCUUCACCGACCGCCGCUCCCGCCCCACCGUCAACCUCUUCGCCGCCAACAGCACCGCCUUCCAGGAGGCCUUCGUCGCCGCCAUGGCCAAGCUCGGCAGGAUCGGCCUCAAGACCGGCAGCGACGGCGAGAUCCGCCGCGUCUGCACCGCCGUCAACUAGGCCGGGCAUCUGCAUUAGUAGGCGGACCGCGGACGCGUGUGUGUGCUGAUCAUUUAAUUAGUAGGCUGGUAGCUUGGUUAGUAGGUUCGUGAAAGAACUUUUCUUUUUCUUGUUUAUACGUUCGGUGGUGAGAUUUUGGUAGCCGUUGAUUCUUUGACGCAGCAGCUGUGGGGGUCGGUGGAUGAUAGAAAUUGAUGAGGUGUGCCUCGCCCUAAUGGAUGAAAUGGUUACGCGUGUUUCACUCCAGAAUUCUAAAUGCGCUAA